AAAGGAAGAGACUAAAUGGCUGCACCGCUCUCGGGCUUCACCCCGCUCCUGCUCUCGUCUCUGGUACUCCACCUGCUUGUCCUCGGCCCUUUGUUUGCCCUCACCCCGGGGACGGGGAAUACAGGAGGGGCUUGCGACCGAUGGACCCAGGGCCUCUGCUACCGAGACGCCGGUAAAGUGAGCCCGAAGCAACAGCAGCAGCGGUGCGGGGAAGCAGGGGAGUCGCCGAGCGGCAGUUGGAAUCUACGCCCAAGCAGGUGGACCGUAGAGCGGAUACAGACUGAGGGAUGCUCUGGAGUGCUGCGCGCAGGAGGCACGCUGGGAGGAUAUCAACGGGAUGGGGCAAGGAAGGAGAGACUGAGAGGAGCCGGGACGGUUUGGAGGAGUGGAGACGGUCCUCCGGCACCAUCACCACCACCUCCUCCUCCUUCUCUCCACCCAGGUAUUCGGGGCAGGUCGAGCUCGGAUGGCGUCGGCUCCGGAGAGGGAGUGGAGAGGGGGAGGAUGAGGAGUAAGGGCGUUGUUUCCCCUCCCGCUUCACCUGCUUUCACCUCAUCGCCUGUUCAAAACGGCAAAAAACGGGCAGUACAAAGGACUAGAGCGUGCGUGCAACGGUGGCCGGCUUCGAGGCCACACCUCGCCAAACGUGGCGCCGCCAGAGUCUUUGUGCACGCCUCUGGCCUGUGCAGGGCACCCGGAAGUGGAGGGAGGAGAGGGGGAGAGGUGCAGGAGAGGGCUCGUGAGGUGAGGAGACCCUUCGCUACACGGUGCUCCCAGACGCCUGGGGAUCUCUACUUGUCAAGCCGCGACAAGCAAGCCUUCUCCGCGGCCAACAGCCCCCCACCUGGCUCCUUGCCAACCGGUUGCUCUUGUUGCAUUCGUCCGCCUUCUGGAUACAGUUCAGCACAUGCUGAGGCUUCAAACUACACCUUCAGAUUGAAUCCCCGUUUCACAAAGAAUUCCGACUGUAUCCAGAGAUCAAAAUUGGACCACGUUUGUCAUUUUUCAGCUUGUAAUUCCUCCCAGACCGGCUACAAAGCUAAAAUUCAGCCACGUCCAUGUUACAGGAACAGCAGCAACUACAAGGCUCGGGAUGCUGAUGGGGGCUCAGCCAGCAUGGACAGGAGGGCCGGUAAUUGUUCUCAUUUGGGCAGGCACAUUGUUAUUGAUCCCAGCAGCAACAGAGAGGGGGUGGAGGGGAAGGAAGCAUACAGGUGUAGUGCAGUGAUUAAGCCCGGUACCAAGGGGCACCUAGUUUGUUGUGGGCCCCCUCUCCAUGAAGCAAAAGACAGGUAUAACCAUGCCAGAAUUAUUGAUGAGGGGAGGGAGAGGGAUGAUAAGAGAGAGGGAAAGGAUGGAGGAGGGGUGAACCAAGGCAACAAACACAUUAAUAUAUCUAAUUAUCUGGAUAAUGAUUUGGCUUUUCCGAUUCUGACGCUCCGAUGUAGAGCUGAUAAUGAGCUUCAGCAGGGGAAAUCAGCACCAGAAACCAGAGGGCAGUGCAGUCAAACCCAGGGAGAGAGCAGGGAGGUUCCUGAUGGUUGCUUUGGUUGUUUGGACAGAACAGAAGUGGGGGAUGGAUAUUUAGUCGAGUUUGUGGUCCCCGAGGGAGGCAUAGCUCAGAGGAAUCUCCCCAUCCAAUUUACUCCCAAAAGCAUCACUGAGACGCAUGACCAACGUUUCCUAUCAAGCAAAAGCGCCAUUCCCAAUAUCGCAUUGAAAUAUCCUGGCCCGGUGCUAAAUACGCCCACUCAGACACAAACCGGCGAUUAUGCAGAUAGUGGAAAACUAUCCCAACCCCUUCGUCUGUCUGCUGAAAAAGUACAAGCAACUUCUGGGAAAGAGCCUGCUGGUGACUCAGGCUUUUUCUCACCUGCAAAGUUUCCCGUUAAAUCUCCCAGUCUUGUGUCAGCCCUGUCUCGCUCUGCAUCCGCAAUCAAACCACGUCUUCUCACUCAGCCUGAACACAACACAGCAAAGCACCUCUCUCUUUUCUCGGAAAUCAACCUGACCACAUGGCAGGAUGACUCUCCAUGUUCACUUGACUCCCAUUCUGAAGAGGAUAUGAUUUCAGCACAAUGGACAGCUUCCCCUGACUCUCAGCGCGUGCAUUUGUGGAGCAAAUUCAACACUAAUAGUAAUAACAACAAUGAAGAGAAAGGAACCAAGGAGAUAAAUGGAUAUAAUCAUGAAUCUGAAAUAGAAAAAAUGCUGUGGCAUGGUCAGACACAGCAGCAAGACCUGUGGGAGAGCGCACUGCGAGAGAUGGUCCAAGCAGGGUGCGCUGACAGCAUGUCCACUGACUGUUCAGGCACCAACCGCGGGGACUAUGCACAUAUGCAAUUAAAAUCCGGUAAGCAAGUGCCAUUAGAGCCCGAAGGUGUCAGACAGUCAGAUAGGCGGCAGAUGGGUGCUGAGGGAGAAAGGGAGAGGGAUGGAGAGAGGGAGGGAGAAGGCUUGGAGGGGUCUGCUGCUGUUGCUGCCACUGCUGGGGGAGGAAAAUUACAGGUGGGGGAGGGCGAAAGAGAGGCGCGGCUGAUAGGAGGGAGAGAACCAGGGGGAGAAGCGGAAGAGGAGGAGGAGUGGGAAAUGGAAACGGGAAUAACAAAGGCAAGCAAGGCAAAGGAGAGAGAGGCAGAGGGAGGGAAGGGUCAGGAGAGGGGCAGUAGCACCACCAGCAUCACACACCCAGAUAGCGAAAGAGGGAAGAAAGAAAGCCAGGCUCAUGAAAGCCAUGAGGGGGGAGAGGUGGAGGGGGAGCUGAAGAGGGAGGAAGAGGAGGAGGAGAGGCACAGCUCAAGGGGAGAGAGGAGCCUGGAACGACUGAUAAUAGUAGCAGAUGAUGAAACCCAACAGGGAAAAAUGGAGAGGAGGAUUUUGAUGCCGUGGCCUCGCACGCGACGUGCAGCCAACAGACAUCCCCAUUUCUCCCAGUAUAACUAUCAAGUACAAGUAGCUGAGAACCAGCCACCGGGGACCUCAGUCAUUGUCAUGUCUGCCUUAGACCCAGAUGCAGGAGAUGCAGGCAGAGUGAGCUACACAAUGGCCCCGCUGAUGAACAGUCGCUCAUCUGACUAUUUCCACAUCCACACAGACACAGGUCUCAUCACCACCACUCAGAUUCUUGACAGAGAACACAUGGAUCUGCAUUACUUCCGGGUCACAGCAACUGAUUAUGGCUCCCCUCGCCUCUCUGGCACCACAAUGGUGGCAAUUACUGUUUCAGACCGGAAUGAUCAUUCUCCUAUUUUUGAGCAGACAGAGUACAGGGAGACAAUCAGGGAAAAUGUAGAAGAAGGCUAUCCCAUCUUACAGCUUAGAGCAACAGAUUCAGACUCACCAUCCAAUGCCAAUAUUCGUUACCGGUUUGUCGGUGACAUGGCUGCAAUGGCACGAUCAGCCUUUGAGAUUGACCCACGCUCUGGCCUCAUUACAACCCGUGGGGCAGUGGACCGGGAAACGAAUGAGCAUUACACUCUCCAGGUGGAGGCCAGUGACCAGGGGAAGGAUCCAGGGCCACGCUCUGCCACCGUCAAAGUUUUCAUCACCGUGUUGGAUGAAAAUGACAACGUGCCACAGUUCAGUGAAAAGCGCUAUGUGGUGGCAGUGAGGGAGGAUGUACGGCCUCACUCUGAGAUCCUCCGUGUAAGUGCCACAGACCAGGACAAGGACAGUAACGCUGCAGUUCACUAUAAUAUCAUCAGCGGUAACAGCCGUGGGCAGUUUUCCAUUGACAGUGUCACUGGUGAGAUCCAGGUGGUGGCACCACUAGACUUUGAGGCCGAACGGGAGUAUACGCUCCGUGUUCGUGCACAGGACAAUGGCCGGCCACCCCUCUCCAACAACACUGGGAUUGUUAGUGUACAGGUGACAGAUGUCAAUGACAACCCACCCAUCUUUGUCUCCACACCAUUCCAGGCGUCUGUGCUUGAGAGCGCCCCAGUUGGUAGUUCUAUCCUCCACAUCCAGGCCAUUGAUACAGAUUCUGGAGAUAAUGCCCGUCUGGAGUACAGGUUAACUGGCACCAGCUCUGACACACCGUUCAUUAUCAAUUCUGCAACAGGCUGGGUCACUGUCAGCUCCAUUCUUGACCGAGAAUCUGUAGAGCACUAUUUCUUUGGCGUGGAGGCCAGGGAUUAUGGCAUGCCACCUCUUUCUGCUACGGCGAGUGUUACUAUUACUGUGAUGGAUGUUAAUGACAACCGCCCCGAGUUCCUCCAGAAGGAGUACUAUGCUCGCCUGAAUGAGGAUGCCGCGGUAGGUACCAGUGUAGUUACUGUCACGGCAGUGGACCGUGAUGUCAACAGUGCGGUGACCUACCAGAUAACAGGAGGAAACACCAGAAAUCGCUUUGCCAUCAGCACAGCAGGAGGGGCUGGACUUCUCUCCUUAGCCCUCCCACUGGACUACAAACAGGAGCGGCGUUAUGUUCUGACAGUCACUGCCUCUGACCGCACGCUCCAUGACACCUGUCAAGUGCACAUCAACAUCACAGAUGCUAAUACACAUCGGCCUGUAUUUCAGAGCGCCCACUACUCUGUUAGUGUGAAUGAAGACCGGCCUCCUGGAAGCACUGUGGUUGUGAUCAGUGCCACAGAUGAUGAUGUUGGUGAAAAUGCUCGAAUCACAUACUUCCUUGAGGACAAUAUCCCACAAUUCCGCAUUGACCCAGCCACAGGGGCUAUAACACUCCAGGCAGAGCUCGACUAUGAGGACCAGAUGACCUAUACUUUGGCUAUUACAGCUAAAGACAAUGGAAUACCACAGAAAUCAGACACUACAUACGUUGAGGUGAAUGUCAAUGAUGUGAACGACAAUGCACCUCAGUUCCUCAGCCCCAGAUAUCAGGGGACAGUGAGUGAAGAUGCCCCUCCCUUCACCAGUGUCCUGCAAAUCUCAGCCACUGACCGUGACGCACACGCCAAUGGCCGUGUUCAGUACACCUUCCAAAAUGGUGAGGAUGGGGAUGGAGAUUUCACCAUUGAACCUACAUCUGGCAUCGUCCGAACUGUUAGGCGUUUGGACCGUGAGAGUGUGCCAUUCUAUGAGCUCACCGCCUAUGCUGUAGAUCGUGGUGUGCCCUCUCAGCGAACCCCUGUCCACAUCCAGGUGACAGUUCUCGAUGUGAAUGACAAUGCCCCUGUUUUCCCUGCUGAUGACUUUGAAGUUCUAGUGAAGGAAAACAGUGCGGUGGGCUCUGUGGUGGCCCAGAUCACGGCCACCGACCCGGAUGAGGGCGCCAAUGCUCAGAUCAUGUACCAAAUUGUGGAGGGUAACAUUCCUGAAAUCUUCCAAAUGGACAUCUUUUCUGGGGAGCUCACUUCACUAAUUGAUCUUGACUAUGAGGCCCGCAAUGAGUAUGUUAUCGUAGUUCAGGCCACCUCAGCACCUCUAGUCAGCCGGGCCACUGUACGGAUCCGAUUGGUGGACCAGAAUGACAACCGGCCCACUCUGCAGGACUUCCAAAUCAUUUUCAACAACUUUGUGUCCAAUCGGUCCAACAGUUUCCCCAGUGGGGUAAUUGGGAGGGUACCUGCCCACGAUCCUGAUGUGUCAGACAGGCUGUACUACACCAUCGACAGGGGGAACGAGCUUCACCUGCUGCUCCUGAAUCACACCAGUGGAGAAAUCCGACUGAGCCGAAAACUGGAUAACAACAGGCCUCUGGUGGCUCCCAUGCUGAUCACCGUCACGGAUGGAGUCCACAGCAUUUCAGCCCAGUGCGUUCUCCGUGUUCUCAUCAUCACUGAAGACAUGCUGGGAAGCAGUGUCACCGUCCGCCUCCAGAACAUGUCCCAGGAGCACUUCUUGUCACCACUGCUAACUAACUUCCUGGAGGGCGUGUCGGCGGUGCUCUCGGUGCCCGUCGAGGAUGUUUUUGUCUUCAACAUCCAGCCGGACCUGGAUGCGGCGCCAGGAGGGAUCCUGAAUGUCAGCUUCUCUGCUGCAUUGCCUGGCGGACACUUCUUCCCUUCUGAAGCCCUGGAGGAACAGCUGUACCUGAACAGGCUGAGGCUGACGUCACUUACACAGAUGGAGGUUCUCCCAUUUGACGACAAUGUGUGUCUACGUGAGCCGUGCCAGAACUACAUGAAGUGCAUCUCUGUGCUGCGCUUCAACAGCUCCGCCCCCUUCAUCUCCUCGGCCUCCAUCUUGUUCCGGCCCAUCCAUCCCAUCGCCGGCCUACGCUGCCGCUGCCCAGUGGGCUUCACGGGUGAUUACUGUGAGACGGAGAUCAACCUGUGUUACUCCAACCCCUGCCUGAACGGAGGGGUGUGCGCCCGCAGAGAGGGAGGCUACACCUGUAUUUGCCGUGAAGACUACACUGGUGACCGAUGUGAAUUUGACCGGCGACAGGGAAGGUGUGUGCCAGGUGUGUGUCGCAAUGGAGGGACAUGUCGGGAGCUUUCAGGUGGGGGUUUCCGCUGCGAGUGCCCUGCAGGAGACUAUGAGCAUCCAUACUGUACCGUCACCUCCCGGUCCUUCCCACCCAAAUCCUUCGUCAUGUUCCGGGGCCUCAGACAAAGAUUUCACCUCUCUAUCUCAUUAACUUUUGCCACCCUGGAGAACAGUGGUUUGCUCUUCUAUAAUGGACGCUUCAAUGAGAAACAUGACUUCAUUGCCUUGGAGAUCCAAGAAGGACAAGUGGUGCUCAAAUAUUCCACAGGUGAAUCAUCCACCCAGGUGAGUCCCUUCCUGCCUGGCGGUGUGAGCGAUGGAAACUGGCAUACAGUUCACAUCCACUAUUACAACAAGCCAGCUACACGCUAUCCUAAGCGCAGUAUGAGUGGCGAGGCUCAGGGUCCGUCAGAUGAGAAGAUUGCUGUGGUGAGCAUUGAUGACUGUGAUACGGCCUUGUCACUUCGCUUCGGUACGCAGCUCGGAAAUUAUAGCUGUGCAGCACAGGGCAAACAGACCAGCAGCAAGAAGUCUCUGGACCUGACUGGUCCCUUGUUUCUGGGUGGAGUUCCCAAUGUACCAGACAACUUCCCGUUUGGCACCAGGGAGUUUAUCGGCUGUAUGAAGGAGCUGCACAUUGACAACAAACCACUGGACUUAGCUGGAUUUAUCGCUAACAAUGGAACCCUCCCCGGGUGCAGUGCCAAGCUACCCUUCUGUAAAUCCAACCCUUGUCAGAACGGAGGAACCUGCAGGGUGAGCUGGGAGACUUUCUCCUGUGACUGUCCCCUAGGGUACGGAGGGAAGGACUGCAGCCACGUGAUGCCACACCCACACCGCUUCCUCGGUAACAGUGCCCUCUGGUGGGACCUGAAGAACGACGUGACCAUCUCAACGCCAUGGUAUCUGGGCCUGGUGUUCAGAACCAGAGCACGAGAGGGGAUGCUGCUGCAGGCUCAGGCUGGCCAGUACACCAGCCUGCUGUUCCAGGUGAUAAAUGGUCAGCUGGUGUUCUCGGUUACCCGCGGUUCGACCAGACCAGUGCGUUUGCGGUUGGAUCAGGUUCAGGUGUCAGACGGACGGUGGCAUGACGUCCAGCUGGAGCUGCGAGAUGUUCGCAGCGGCCGUGAGACACGCUAUGUUGCCACGCUGCGUCUCGACUUUGGACUCUAUCAGGGAACAGUGAUAGUGGGAAAUGAGAUUCAUGGUUUGAAGGUGAAACAUCUGCAUGUGGGAGGAGUGCUGGGCUCUGGAGAGGUUCAGAACGGGAUUAGAGGAUGCAUACAGGGCGUUCGGUUGGGUGUACGGCCUGAUGCCCCUCCCCUGCCCCGCCCAUCAAGAGCUGUCAAAGUGGAGAGUGGCUGCAAUGUUGGCAACCCCUGCGUCUCGUCUCCGUGUCCUGGCCACAGCCGCUGUUCCGACCAAUGGGAGCGGCACACCUGUGUCUGUGAACCUGGUUACUAUGGUAAAGGCUGCACUGACGCCUGCCAUUUGAAUCCAUGUGAGAACCAGGCUCAGUGCCACAGGAAGCCCAGCUCUUCCCAUGGAUAUAUCUGUGACUGUGGAGACAACCACUAUGGGCAGUACUGCCAACACAGGAUUGAUCACCAGUGUCCCAGGGGUUGGUGGGGGUCUCCGACCUGUGGACCGUGUCACUGUGACACCAAUAAAGGCUUUGACCCCGACUGUAACAAGACCAGUGGUCACUGUCACUGCAAGGAGUUUCACUAUCGUCUGCGGGGCUCUGACACCUGCCUGCCAUGUGACUGCUAUCCGGUCGGCUCCUUCUCACGGUCAUGUGACCCAGAAACUGGCCAGUGUCAGUGCAGGCCCGGUGUGAUUGGUCGCCAGUGCAACAUGUGUGACAACCCCUUUGCUGAGGUCACAAAUUCAGGCUGUGAAGUCAUUUAUGACGGUUGUCCAAAGACCAUCACUCAGGGGAUCUGGUGGCCUCGGACGAAGUUCAACCUGCCUGCUGCAGUGCCCUGCCCCAAAGGCUCUGUCGGUGCAGCCAUCAGACACUGUGAUGCAGAGAGAGGAUGGCUGGAGCCGGACCUUUACAACUGCACCUCCCCUCCAUUUGUGGAGCUUAAUGCGGCUCUUGAUUCCCUGGAGCGUAAUGAGACAGAGCUGAACACCAUCAUAGAAAAGAAGCUCGCCCACCAGCUCCGUGAUGUCACUGAGGCAACAGCCCGACUCUACGGCAAUGACUUGCAGAUCGCCGAACGACUGCUAUCCCGCCUCCUAACCUUUGAGACCCAGCAGAGCGGCUUCGGACUCACCGCUACUCAGGACGCACACUUCAAUGAGAACAUUCUGCGAGGCUGCAGCGUGCUGUUGGAUCCCAGUACCUCUGGGCUUUGGCGGGCUCUUGCACAGAGUCAGAACCACAUCCCAGGUGGCGGUCCGGCUGAGCUGACAGAGCUGCUGGAGCAGUAUGCCCAGACUCUCGCCCAGAACAUGAAGCUAACCUAUCUCAACCCUGUAGCACUAGUUGCUCCCAACAUAGUCAUGAACCUGGACCGCGUGGAGAACCACACUCAUGUGCGGCGGCGUUUCCCACGUUAUCACACCACCCUGUUUCACAGUCAGGCUUUGUGGGAUCCCUAUACCCAUGUGACACUGCCCCCUGCUGCCCUGGUGCCACAACGACCACAACAGCACAACUGGAAGGAGAAAGAGCGGACAGAGAAAGAACCCUCAGCUACUCAGAACGCUGUUCCAGCCCCUGUUAGUGUUUCAGUGAAUCAGACCGGAGAAUACACUGCAGCCAGACGCACUGUUUUGCUGCCGGAGCCGCCAAUCACCAUCGUCAUCUUGUUGAUCUAUCGAAGUCUGGGCGCAGCCCUCCCUCCCAAGUACCACACAGACCGACGAGGAGUUAGGCUUCCCAGACACCCAGUAAUGAACUCCCCAGUGGUCACUAUCUCUGUCUACAACAAUCAGACGUUUGUGGGUGGACACUUGGACCAGCCCAUCCUGCUUGAGUUCAAGCUGCUGGAGACGGCCAAUCGCAGCAAGCCACUGUGUGUGCAGUGGAACCACAGCAGUCCGUAUGAGAUAGGAGGUUGUUGGACAGUGAGGGACUGUUCGGUGGUGUACAGGAACACCUCUCAUGUCCGCUGUCAGUGCCAGAGACUGGGCACCUUUGGUGUGCUGAUGGACAGUUCACAGAGAGAGCAGUUGGAGGGAGAUCUGGAGACAUUGGCGAUGGUCACAUACUCGUCUCUGUGUGUCUCCAUGCUGGCCCUCCUCCUCACUGUCCUAGUGCUCUCCUGCCUCCGAGGCCUCAAGUCAAACACCAGGAGCAUCCAUUCAAACACAGCGGCGGCAAUGUUUCUGUCGGAGCUGGUGUUUCUGCUUGGGGUCAAUCAGACUGAACAACAGUUUCUGUGUACAGUCGUCGCCAUCUUGCUGCAUUACUUUUUCAUGUCAACAUUUGCCUGGAUGUUCGUGGAGGGCCUUCAUAUCUACCGCAUGCAGACUGAGCAGCGCAACAUCAACUAUGGAGCCAUGAGGUUUUACUACGCCAUUGGCUGGGGCGUGCCCGCCAUUAUCACAGGCCUGGCAGUAGGCUUGGACCCAGAGGGUUAUGGGAACCCAGACUUUUGUUGGAUCUCCAUCUAUGACAAACUCAUCUGGAGCUUCGCUGGACCUAUCGCCAUUGUCAUACUGAUGAAUGGAGGAAUUUUCAUGAUUAUAGCCAAGAUGUCCUGCAACCCAUCGCAGAAGGAGACCAAGAAACUCCCUGUCAUUGCUACUAUCCGCAAUGCCUUCCUGCUCUUGCUGGUUGCCACCUCCACCUGGCUGUGUGGUCUCAUGGCGGUGAACAACAGCAUCCUAGCUUUCUACUACAUAUUUGAUAUCCUCUGCCUAGUGCAGGGUCUGUCGGUCAUGCUGGUCUUCACUGUGUUCAAUUCAGAGGUUCAGGAGGCCUGGAGGGUCGCCUGUUUGGGUAAGAAGAGCCCUGGAGAGGACCCACCAAGACCACCACAGAACACAGCUCAGAACCCAUAUCACAAUGCAUCUCUGUUGGAGCAGAGCGGGCUGCACCGUAUCACCCUGGGAACCUCCACAAUCUCCUCUGUCAGCUCCGCCAGAGAAAAUCUUUUGGCUCGUCAGACUCUGGAACAAAACAUCGUCCACACUGGAGCGACAGACUUGGAUGUAGCCAUGUUCCACAGAGACGGAGGUGAGGACUCGGACUCAGACUCAGACCUUUCCAUGGAAGAGGAGCGCAGUCUAUCCAUCCCUUCCUCUGAGAGCGAGGACAACGUCCGACUCCGUGGACGUAUCCAACGGCGAUUCAAACGUUCUAAUCACAGUGAGCGUCUGCUAACCGAGCCCACCCACAACGGCACCAAAGAUCUCGAUGGCAAUGAUCUUCUGUCCUACUGGCCAGCUUUGGAGGAGUGUGAGACGCACACCCUGCAAAAGUGGGGCUCAGAGCGCCCCCUGGGGGCAGAUUACAGCAAGGACGCUGCCAACAACAACCAGGCUGAAGCAGCGCUGACCAGUGGGGACGAGAACAGCCUCACCCAGCCACACAGGCACCGCAAGGGUAUCCUGAAGAAUCGUCUCGGCUGUCCUCAACCACUCCAGGGUUUCUCCACCAUGGGCCGAGUCCCCAGUGAGCUCAACUGGUACAGAACCUCUACUCUGGGCCACCGAGGCGUUCCUGCUGCCUCCUAUGGUCGCAUGUACUCUGCCACUGCUGGUGCCGGUGGAGGUACCGGCUCUCUCUCCCAGCCAGCUUCCCGCUACUCCUCCAGGGAGCACCUGGACUCGCUUGCCCGGAGGCAGCUGUCCAGGGAUCCACUAGGCAGGCAGACGGUUGGGGGAUCGAGGGACCGGCUGGACUCCCGGGGUUCCAGGGACAACCUGGACCUCUUACCAAGGAGGAGAGAGCUGGGACUAGGGCAGGGAGCAGGGCUAGGCGGCCUGGGGCUCGACCAUCAGCGAGUCUCAUCAUCCAGGGAGAACUUGACAGGGUCCAGGGACAGAUUGGACAACCACCACUUGGGCAGCAUCCACGCCUCGAGGGAGGACUUGAGUGGAAACGGGGGAGCUGUCGGAAUGGGAAUGGAGGGAUACCUAAGCGGGUCGAGGUCGCAGCUUAACACGCUGACUCGACGGCAGGCCUCAUCCCGGGAGCACCUAGCGGGGGCAGUGAUGAGCAGUAGGUCGAGGGAGCAGCUGGACACCAACGGAGUGGGAGCCCAGGCUCAGCCGUGUCGGGAGUGGCUUCGCACCCUGCCACCCCGUCAGCCCUCGCACCCCGACCAGCCUCCCUCCUCCUCUCCUCCUCCCCCAAUCUCUGAGGAGCCCCAGCAAGAGCAGCUCCCUGCUGCAGCUCAAGUCAGAGGACGACUGGACUCCGCCCCUCCAUGUAGGUACCCAGGUCAGACUGUCCCCCAGGUCGCAGGUUCCAUUAUAAACCCUCUGGGUCGACAGCCAUCCAGUGAACACCUGGAUAUUCUGUCCUCCAUCCUGGCAUCCUUCAGUUCCACCGUCCUCACUCCUCCCCCUGCUGCCUCUAACCCUGGGCCUAAUGGCUCCGCCCAUGGACCCUCCCCUUCCCCGACCCAGUCUGCCACCUCCCACAGCAUAUCUGAAGUGUCCCCUGACUCUGAAGCCAACAGAAGUGAAGGACAUUCUUGAUGACAGCCUCCAUAUCCCUUCAUGCAUUGCGACAGUGCUUGGCGCACCAGGGACAAGUUCAAAGGUCAUGGAUGGUCCUGAACCACUGGGGUACCCUGAGACAUCGGCGGACUCGAAACAAACUUAGGGCAGAGGAGACACAGAUACGGAAAGGAAGAUGGAGAGAGUGUCCGCUGGGGAAAUAAAGACGAUGUAUUAGGCAGGUUGUACUUUAUAAAUUACGUUUUUCGAGUCCCACUGCCUACAGUAAUCUAAAGUGUUUCUUUGGACAAUGAAUCAACCACCUCUACUACCUAAAAACUGUUAUAGACAAACACAGACUCCUCAGAUUUCCAACAAAAAUGUCAACCUAAUCCAAACAAGAUCCAUCUAAAAGAAGGAAAAAAAAAAGAAAAGACUGUAAAUAACGUUUUUUUAUACAUUUUGUAUCUUUUUCAUUGGAGAUGAAGAAGAAAUCUCCCAUGAUGUUUUCUUUCUUUUUUUUUUUAAUGAUUGUGUCAGUGUGAGGUUGUGAGUGAGGUUGGUACGAGUGCAGUCUUGUUUGUUGCUGAGGGAGAGAUUUCCCCUACGAAGAAAAAAACCGUCCCAAAAUUUCUCCCCAAAAACAGUUUUCCUCAGAAACUUUUCCUCAAACCUUUCAACUUUGUGUAUAGCAUCAGGGGCCCGGCAAUAGUAUCUGAUGAGAUUAUCAAAACCGUGAGAUGUGGUUGAGCGGAAAAUAUCAAAGUAGCGAGAAGUGAUUGUAAAUAGGGGAAGGGUUUAUAAUAAGAGAAGAGAUUUGAUGGAAUGAGACGAUUGUGCAGAAAAAGACGGCUAAUGUUAAGCUAAAACACCACAUGAAGGUUCAGAGUUGAUAGUUCAACUACUAAAGAUCAGUCACAAGUGUCAAAGUAUCAGCUCUUUCAGGAGAUUGUGCUGUUUUGUGAUCCACUGUAUAUGAAUGUGACCAUGUCAUCUGUCUGUGUAUCUUUGUGCCUGGUGCUGUCUGAACCAGACCAUAUCAGUCGACCGAUAUUACAAGACCAUAUCUUUAGUGUUCUGGGGACCUGGCGCGUGAAGGUAGAUAUGUCUGCCUCUCUGCAUGAGGCUGUAUCAUGUAACAACCAUUUAAAGCCCCUCAAGGUAUUUUGCACUUUGAUGCAUCACUACUCAACCUGCCUCAAGAGACACCACAGGAGCAGACGAUUCUCUCCGACAGCAUCCAGGAGACUCCUUUAUAGAAGCUUCUCAUGCAGAAGUUCUGUGCAAAUCAAAGCCAAAGGGACAACUGCUUAAAAUCAGUACAAAACAUCAAUGUUCUCCAGUUUUCUGUAAUGAAAUUGACUUGCAGGGUGUGAACGCUGUAGAUGUAUUUCAGUUUUGUUUUAAUCUUUUUUUCUAAGUAAUUGUGCCAUGAAAACAUGACUAAAGUGAAAGCAGAUCAGAGGGAAGACAGAUAUUUGUUUGGUGACCUGAAAGCAAACUUGCAGUACAUAUCUAACAUGGUAUCUACCAGAAUAUAUUAGCUCAUGUCUGUAGCACAUGUAUCCCAUGCUAGAAUUUUUUACUUGCUUGGCUGAACACAGUUGCUGGGAAAUUACUUCAGAAAUAUGAGAAAUUUCACAGAAAAGAGGCACUAGCUCUAAAUCUGUAGAGUCCUGACUUUGCGUACUUGAACUAAAACAUCCACCGUGAGCUGUCAUCAAUGAAGAGGUUCACACCAGAACACAUUAAUACAGAUUUGCUCUCAUUGUUUAGACUGCUGUACAAAGAUGAGGUCUCAAGAUCCAGCUUAGCUUCUGGAACACUGCACCAGCUUGCAGAGGAGAUGAAAUGAAAGUUGUGUCAAUGCUAAAAGCCUCUAAGUGGUUUUGAGGUUCAAGUCUUUCCUUCGGCAGCUGUUACUUUCUCACAGCUGUUGGAGCAAACGCUGAGUUCAGGCCUUAAGGUAACAACACAAAGGCAUUUCUUGAGCAAAAGAGGCAGGCAGGCAGUCUUCACCAGCCUUGAGAGGGAUUAAGGGAUUUUGGAUAACAUGAAUGUUUUUGUAAUGACCGAAAUGCAGUGGGUUAUAAAAGCUGGAGGCAAAAUGAGGUUUCUGCUUUACCAGAAUGUGUUGUCUGUGUGUCCCGUGUGCAGAAAGCAUUGUGACAGUCAGAAAAUACUUGUAAUAACAAUAGAACAGCAAGAGAAGAAGUGAAUAUUAAAACAACGGGAUAAAAUAAGACUACAAUGAGCAUAAGAAUAAACCAUGCGGUACAAAACCAGACGAGAUCCGAGGGAGAAAAAAUUAGGUCAGAAACCAUGACUUUGUGCAAAAUUUAACCGCAGGGAGGAAGGCGUGGACAUUACUCAUCGCAGAGAGAAAUAAAAAAAAAAAUUAGACAGAGAAAUGGAUGGAAAUAAACACACAUGUCAAGCGCAUAUCUCCCCGCUCAGACCGCUGUUCUGUCAUUCCCAUGUCUGUUGGAGGUGACAAGUAGGCCCACUUGUGACAAUAUUAUAGGAAAAAAGUGCUCCUGCAGGGGAACACUGACGACUAGUCUUUCAAAGGAGUAGUACACCUAAAAAAAAAUCCAAUAUUUAUUCCCAUACUCUUUCAUUUCCAGUUAAUUUUUCACAGACCCAUUUUUCUUCAACUGACAAUACCUUUAACUUGUACAGACAUGAGAUUUAUUUUAUCUACUGAUAAUUAAUUGGCAUUUUAUUCAUUAUUUAUGUUGUCAUUUUGUAGGAGAGGCUGUUUCAAAAGUAUUUGUGAAUUUUUUUUUUUUGUUCAAAUGUUCGUUUUGUUUACAUGUAAUGUUUUUUAGGAUCUUGAGUCUCUCACCUCAACAAAUUCACAGAGUGCGGACAAUAAAAGAGGGGAAUGUGAAGAUAAGAAUGUUUCUAUUUACAACCUAGAAUUACAAUCCAAUGUGGAUAAAAGAUCCUUAACAGGACACUGAGCUCUUAAACUUUCAAACAUUGGCUUUAACAUAGGCAAAUUAAAAGGUUAAUUAAGUUUGUUGUCCUUAUCCAACCACAGGUGUACAAGUCUGGAAUAAUCUUCAUUUGGUAAAUCGAUCCUCUCCAGACAGAAUGUCUAGAUAUGUUAACAUAUCUAGACAAAAAGUCGAACACUGGGUGUAAAUAGUGCAGUUAUAUCCCAAAUGAAAACUUUUUUUCUCCCUGUCCACUUUUAUAAAUCCAAGGCUGAAGCUUCACAAGCACAAAAUCAGAUUAUUGACUGGUAUUCAAACUGCUUUUACAGACGACAGACAGCUGUCAGUAACAGUGAAAUGACAGAAAACUCCAGCCUCAGGUUAAUCUGGUUUGGACCAAUAGGAGCCACAGAAGUGAGGGGAGACAAAACGACUGAGUUGAGACUAAAACGUAGUGAUGUGGUCUGAAAAAGAGACAAGGGGGAAGUGACAGAAGGAAAGACACAGUGUGACAGUGAGACAGGGAGAGGAGGAGGGAUGGGAGAUUGUCUUUGUUAGCUUGUGUGUUCAUUAUGGGAUGCCUUCCAUCCCGCCGUUGGCAAGGGGAUGGCAGCAUGGAAACAGCUGUUCCCCUGUUACCGCGGAAACAAGAGAAAUGUUGGACAUUAAAAAAAUGACUUAUUCUACAAGCCUGCGUGUGUUCAUGUAUGUUCUUUAUGUGUGCACGUGUAGAUGUCUUUCUAUGGCUUUGUGUUUGUGUGUAUAUGC